UGGUUUAUUGAAACUGAAAAGCAAGGAUCGAGUUUUGAAGUUUCAGUUAGGACAUACUUUGUUUAGAUAAAAGUGAUUGGUACCAAAAAGAAAAAAACACAAUGAUCGGACGCCUCCCCGCGUGUGUAAUCGAUGUAGGUACAGGUUACACAAAACUGGGCUUUGCUGGCAAUAAAGAGCCUCAACUUAUGAUUCCAUCAGCAAUUGCUAUAAAAGAGACAGCAAAAGUUGGAGACAGUAAUGCCAGAAGGAUCACCAAAGGGGUUGAGGACUUGGAUGCUUAUAUUGGAGAUGAAGCUUUCGAAGCCACUGGGUAUUCUGUGAAAUACCCAGUUAGACAUGGGCUGGUAGAAGACUGGGAUUUAAUGGAAAAAUUCCUACAGCAAUGCAUUUUCAAGUACUUGAGAGCAGAACCCGAGGAUCAUUACUUUUUACUUACAGAACCGCCAUUAAACACUCCAGAGAAUAGAGAAUACACAGCAGAAAUAAUGUUUGAAUCUUUUAAUGUACCAGGUCUUUAUAUCGCGGUACAAGCAGUAUUAGCAUUAGCUGCAUCUUGGGCAGCAAAGGGUAUAGAGGAUAGAACAUUAACAGGAGUUGUUGUUGACAGUGGAGAUGGAGUAACACAUGUAAUUCCAGUUGCAGAAGGUUUUGUCAUUGGAAGCUGCAUAAAACAUAUUCCCAUUGCUGGACGGGAUAUUACUUACUUCAUACAAAGUUUAUUAAGAGAACGCGAAAUCGGAAUACCACCCGAGCAAUCACUAGAAACGGCCAAAGCAAUUAAAGAGAAACAUUGUUACAUAUGUCCUGAUAUUUCAAAAGAAUUUGCCAAAUAUGACAGCGAUCCUACUAAAAUAAAAAAGUAUGAAGGUAUCAACAAUAUCACCAAACAGCCUUUCAUCGUAGAUGUUGGCUACGAACGAUUUCUCGGACCAGAGAUAUUCUUUCACCCUGAAUUCUCUAAUCCAGACUUCACAACGCCGUUAAGCGAAAUCGUGGAUGAUGUGAUUCAGAAUUGUCCAAUAGACGUGAGAAGACCGUUGUACAGUAAUAUUGUUCUGUCUGGUGGUUCUACGAUGUUUAAAGACUUUGGUAGACGAUUACAACGUGAUAUAAAACGAAUCGUCGAUGCUCGCCUUAAACUUAGCGAAACGUUAAGUGGAAGUCAUAUUACGCCAAAGCCGAUAGAUGUUCACGUGAUAUCGCACCAUAAACAACGUUGCGCUGUAUGGUAUGGUGGUGCUUUACUGGCAAGCGAUCCUGAAUUUUAUACGGUUUGUCAUACCAAAAAGGCUUAUCAAGAGUAUGGUCCUGGAAUAUGUCGUUACAAUCCCGUAUUUCAUAGUAUGGUAUAAGAUGAAUAAAAAUGCAAUUGAUUCUAAAGAAACGACAUUACACAAGCCAACGGUUGAAAUUACACGUCGUUAACGAUAUGGUUAAUAAUUUAUUCCAAUUUCAAUUUUUUCACUUCUAACUGUAUUUGAUGAAAUAGACUGGGCUUUUAUAGAUACGUAAUUACUAACUGAAAGAAUUCCAGGGAACGCCCAGGCUUAUACUAGCAAACGCACACGAAAAUAUUUUUAUGCUCAUUCAUUACUACAUUAUUGUGUAAGAAGAGGUAUUUGCAUUUAAUAAAGA